GAUGCUUAUAUAAUACACAUACAAGCACGUUCCAGCCAUGAUUGACUGUUGAAACAUGACAUAACAUAACGACAGCUUGAACAAGCCGAGCACAAACCAAUACAGUACUCUACACCUCCAAGCAUUCAACCUCUCCCUCCUUUUCAUUUUUUCCCAAACCAUUCACCUCUUCUUCAACCCCACCCCUAAACAUUGCCAAUAUGGCAACUCUCAACACAUCCACGAAUGGCCCUUCUAUCAAAUCAUCAUAUUCCGGAGUGGUCAAUUCUUCUGCACCCUCCGGAGCUGCGGCGUCCAGCCCGACUUAUGGACAGUGGGCUUUGUUCUCAGUAUCAGCUCCUCUUGUGAAUGCUUUCCAACAAGAUAGUGGUGGAAAGGAGAGUGUGCUGAAGGUACAAAGCACUGGAGAGGGAGAACUCAUCGACUUAAUCGAGGAUUUCUCGGAAGGACGAGUUCAAUUCGCAUUUGUUAAAGUCAAAGAUCCCAAUACCACACUUCCGAAAUACGUACUUAUUGGAUGGUGCGGUGAAGGUGUUCCUGAAAGAACCAAAGGCUAUUUCACAAGCCACCUUGCAGCAGUAUCCAAGAUUCUUCAUGGCUACCAUGUUCAAAUAACUGCUCGAUCAGAAUCCGACUUGGCACCAGAAAGUAUUGUUCAAAAAGUAGCAGAUGCAUCGGGCGCGAAAUAUUCCUCGGGCUCAGCACCACCACCUUCCUCUGGUCCUCGUCCCCCAACAGCUUCUAAGCCAGUGUUCACUCCUACACGGUCGGGCGGUGUGUCGGGUUUCAAUCCAUUGGCAGGUUCGAGAUCAAGGACAAGUCAGAAUGACAACGUAGACGGAGAUGGAUGGGGCGCAGAUGCGCCACAAAUCACCAGGACACAACUUGAAAAGGUCCAGCCCGCAUAUAAACCCACAAAAGUUAAUAUGGCAGAGCUUACCAAACAGCCAACCGCUUCACGAUCUAGCAAUGACAGUGGAGCAGACAGUGGAUCUGCUCCUGAUGUUGUCAAAGGAGGUUAUCAACCAAUCGGGAAAGUAGACAUUGCAGCACUACGUGCUCAAGCUAAAAGCAGUGGUGACGAUCGACCAACGAUAGUUAAGGGAGCAUACGAACCAGUCGGCAAAGUGGAUAUUGCAGCGAUCCGAGCCAAAGCUCAAAAGCCUGCCGACGAUGGUCCCAGAGCAGUUUCACCUGCCGCUACUGGCUCACCGGCCCCAGGCAGUGAUGAACCACCUAAGUCUCUUGCAGAUAGAUCUGCGGCUUUCACUCAAUCAGAGCGUCUCACGACUCUACCAAAACCAAAGGUCGCGAAUAGGUUUGGUUCCACCGCGAGCAGCUUCGCCGGAACGAAGGCCCCAACUCCAGGUAGUUUCGGAAUUCAGUCGCCAGCAGCCCCGGCAGCAUCUGCUCCAAUCGGUGCAGCCAGUCGAACCUUUGCUGACGAAGGCGGUAAAACUCCUUCUCAAAUCUGGGCAGAGAAGAAAGCUCGAGAAAGAGGGCUUAGUGGUGCUGGCGAUGCUCCUCCCCAGAGCGUAGCGUCGCCUAUCGCAAGCCAGCCAAGUGGAGGAGGACAAUGGAAGAGUGGAUAUACUGGCAAAUCUUGGGCUCCUGUUGCUACCAAUCCCACCGGACAAUCUGCUACAGGCAGCAUCGACCAACAGAAAACCGGUGAAGCAGAAGUAGAGCAAGAAGUGCCAGAUUCUCCAGCUGGAGGCAUCAAUGCCAUCCGGGACCGAUUCAAGGGAGGGCAGGCACCAAUGGGCGCACCAGCAAUGCCACGAUCAAUUACUGGAGAUCGAGACCAAUCUCCACCACCUCCACCUGUCAACGCUGGCAGUAGGCCCGGUGCAGUUCCAAUGCCUGGACUCCCAACUCGUCCCCCACCCGUUGAGGCCGAGGAGGAGGAAUAUAGCAAGCCAAAUAUUCCUGCACCUCCUCCAGUUCCCCGCAGUCCUACACCAGAACCAGAAGAAGAACCAGAACGCGAGUCAUCUCCCGUUCGUAUCGCUAUGCCAGUAGCACGUGGAAGAGAACCUGAAGAAAUGGAAGCUCCAGAGGAACUUCACGGCCACCCAACCCUUGAGCAGGCCAUUGAACACGUUCCCCAUGAGGAAGAGCUCACCGAGGAACCCGCUGGAUAUGACCCUGCUCGUGGCGCAGCAGCAGCUGUGGCAGCCGAAACAUUUGGACACAGCGCUCCUGCCGUCAAUGAAACGUCCGCUGCUAGCGGUAAACGCGCAUUGAUCCAAUACGACUAUGAGAAGGCGGAAGACAAUGAGUUAGAACUUGUUGAAGGCGAAUAUGUUACCAACAUUGAAAUGGUCGAUGAUGACUGGUGGAUGGGUACCAAUUCGAAGGGCGAAAGUGGUCUCUUCCCAAGCAACUAUGUAGAGCUUGUAGAAGAUGAAGAAGAGUCUGCUCCAGCACCAGUACCAGCCCCAAGCCACCACGAUGAGCCAGAACCACCUGCACGUGCACCUGCUCCAGCUGCUCCAGCUGCCGCACCUGCCGCACCUGCUCACGCUGCUGGUCCUACGGCUACUACUCUAUACGAUUAUGAGGCCGCUGAGGAUAAUGAAUUGAGUUUCCCAGAAGGUGCUACUGUUACUGAUUUGGAAUUCCCAGAUGAUGAUUGGUGGUUCGGUCACUUCAAAGGACACUCUGGUCUCUUCCCAGCGAACUAUGUCGAACUUGACCAAUAAGUAUCUGCAUUGAUUGGAAUAAAUUUAAGCGAAGCGCGAAUGCAUAUGGUGCGAUUGAGGUCUCUGGGAGGGAUAGUAGCGAUGUAGUUGAAAUUGAUUCAACAUUAUAAAAAUUUGGGAGAUUUUGUAGAUGAGGGUGGCAUGAAUGAUUUUUGUAGGCUGUUGAGUACAACUGCAGCAAUGAAGUAAAAAAAAGCGAAGCAGCGGUCGUCUUUGUCUCUAUAACACAUAAGAAAAGGAUUGAAAAUUCUUUCCUCGAUGUUCUGCCUAACGUGGUGUGAAUUUGAUUGUAGAUUGCA